AUGAAUGAUCUUGACAAACUAAGUGACUUUUCUGAUUCAAUUCUCAUUCACAUUUUAUCAUUUUUGAACACCAAAGAUUCUGUUCAAACUUCCAUUUUGUCCAAAAGAUGGAACCAUGUUUGGAAAUAUAUUCCCCUUCUUACAUUCAUCGAGUCUCGCUUACUUGGAAGGUUUGCAUGCCAUGUUUUAUCCCAUAAUGUCAAGCUAUUUAGAUUAAGAAUCAAUGUCAAAUGUGAUAUUGCUCACGUUCUGCCUUGCAUUUCUUCAUGUCAUACUUUAACAUCUCUUAAGCUCUAUGUUUCACCUAAAGGUUGUCAUAAUUACGGGAGGACGAUCUUUCCUAAAUCUUUGAAUUUACCCGCGUUAACCAGUUUGCAUCUGGGAAAUUUUGCCUUUGGUGCUAAUGACGAUGGCCGAAUUGAUCCUUUUUCACCUAUGUUUUGUGGAAGCAGUCUUUCUUCUAUUAAACAAGUAAACAUUGAUGUGGAAAUGUUGGCAAAUUACUCGGAGCCUCCUGCUAUUUUACUUAGCUGGCUGCAAGAACUCGCUAAUGUCAAAUCAUUGACAGUCUCUGCAAGUACUCUUCAGGUUCUCUCCUUUAUUCCUAAUCUUUUGAAGCUUAAGAUAUCUUCCCUGCAUAGCCUGAAGUCGUUGAAAGUAAAGCUGAAACCACUUUCAUAUGGAUUAUCCAUGGCAUUGAAAAUUGUUAAUUUAGAAAAAACAUUAAAAGCAGGAUUUGAACCAUCUUCACCCAUUCCCGAUGGAAUACUGAACUUUUUUCUCCAGAACUCGCCGUCGGCAGAUGUUGACAUCAUAGACUGCUUAAGGUUUGACGACUCCUCCGACCAUCUACCUCCGCUCUCAUCUUUGCUUUUUGCUCAAUACCUUCAGCCUUCUUCACAUGAGAAUGCCAUGGAGGAUCUGCACCAGAGGAUAGAAUUCUAA